AUGAACGAAAGGUCAGCACGGAGUCAUCGGAGUCGUAAGACGGUGAGGCGAGGUCUUCUUCGCACAAUUCAACAGACACAAGUCCAAGGCAACCCUCCUGCGUUAUCUGUGAGUGGUGACGCCUUCUCUGAACGCCAGAUCAGUCGACUUGUCUGCCGAAAUCGCCUUGCCCGUCAGCAUCAGGUCCUUUCGACUCGGCUUUGUGAACUGCGUGCCCGAACUGAAGUGGCUCACGUGCUGACAAUGGCAGCAGAAAACUCUACAAAGACAAAUAGUGAUAUUAACACUAAUGAUCCAUGUAGCUGCGAUGAUAAGGGAAAAGAGCCCUGUUUGGAUGUUAUAAAAGUAUCUAAAAUAGCUGCCCGAGACCAUGGACAUACUCUUCUUCUUCGAGUCCCAUCUACCAGUGGUCGGCUUAAACUGGCUGAGGCUAGGCAGAAUGAAAUGAGGCUGAAACGUUGCUCCACCCCCCCUUGCUUACAAGGCUUUAUUGAUACACAAAAUUCUCUGGAACCACUUUUGCCCCCAGAAGCGAAUUUGCAACCUGGAAAUGCGGUCACACGACGUUUAUACAACUGCACCGAGAUUUCUGCUGAUUAG